AUGUCAGACGAUUUCGAGCUCUCUGCCGACCUCUUUGAGGAGCCCGAAGAUUUCAGACCCCCUCCUGCGGAGGCACACAUGCUCUCAUACUCUUGCAAUUCUACCAACCGUGAGAUCUCACUGAGACUGGUAGGCAAGUCACCUCUUUGGGGCCAUCUUCUAUGGAAUGCAGGCAAGUAUACCGCGCAAUUUUUGGAGAGUCAUGCUUCUGAGAUCUGUGGAAAGACGGUGGUGGAACUAGGAGCCGCUUCCGCGCUUCCAUCGCUCAUAUGCCAUCUGGUGUGCGGCGCAUCUAAGGUGGUAGCUACUGAUUACCCCGAUGCGGAACUUCUAGAAAAUAUAGAUUUCAACCUCAAGGAGAACAAAUGUGAUAUGAGCACGAUUGUCACCAGAGGUCUGAUAUGGGGGAACGACGUUGAGGAAGUUGUAGCCGAGACUGAUGAUGGCAAGUUUGACUGGGUCAUUCUCUCAGAUCUUGUGUUCAACCAUACAGAACAUACGAAGCUUUUGAAAAAUUGCAAGGACCUUGUCAAGCCAAAAACGGGAAAGUGCUUGGUGGUAUUCAGUCCUCAUCGUGCUCACCUUAUCCACAAGGACUUUGAGUUUUUUGAGAACGCAAAGGAGAACUUUGGUUUUGAUGUUGAGGAGAUCGAAAUGCAACACUGGGGGCCUAUGUUUCCAGAAGAUCCCAAGGAGACCGAGGAGAUUAGGUCACGGGUAUAUUCGUAUUAUUUGAAGCCCACCUGGUAA